AAUUUUUUGUGAUAUCUGUGACUAAGGUAUCUCACUAGUAAUUAAGAAAUAGGUUUCUCAUAACCAUAUUGUACUUCUUUUUGUGCCAUCGAUAUAUCUCUUCCCAACCUUUAUCACCUAGCAACUUUUUAUGCAUUCAAGCUUAAUUUAAUAUUAGUUGCAGGCUUUUACAUAGUUAUUCUAAUCUUAGUUCUUUUCAAAAGGAGGGCAAAUUACAGAAACAACUCUUGUGAGAUACAAACUCCUAGAUGAUGAUACCAAUUUGCUUUUCAUAGUUAGGCACAAUAAAUUACUUUUCAGUACAGGUGAAAUGAGCUGCACUGAUAUGUUUCUUCUUUCAUGGGUUCUAGGACAGGGAUGAAGAGCUAGCAGUCAUGAAACUGAAGCAACAUUUAAGUUUUUUUUAACUUCAUAUUUAUCUGCUUGAAAAGCUGUAUGGAAAGCUGUAUGGAAAGCUGUAUGGAUAAGUUAUUUUCCUAUUGUCUUUUAAUUUCCUCUUACCUGUGAGGGAUUUGUACUUAACUUUGUGAUGAACCCUGAAUCCUACAGGUGUUGCUUUUUAAAAAAAUUCAUUAUGUAAAAAAAAGAGUGUCUCUGUGUAGGAAACAAGGAAACCUCUUGAGUCAACUAAAUUUUUGAUAAAGCAAAUUAUAUUUUUUAUGGCCUGAUUCAGUAUUAGAUGAUUGCAGUCUCGUGCCUCCCUAAUUUCAUCCAUCAGUGGACUUAUUUCAGCAUAAACCUGGUACACGGGAUGGCAGAAUUAUCCUCUCUGUGUGUAAUUAUUCUUUAGUCUGCAAGGGUAAAGAAGUGCCUUCUGGAGGCCAGCAGUACUGCCCUAUUAAAUCUGCUGCAAAUGUGAUCCGAGGCUUUGAACAUUGAACUUUAAGUACUUUAAACAAAACUUUGAAAGUAAUUUUUUUUCUUACUGCAAAUACACCAAGGAUUUGUUACAAGAGAAAGGGUCUAAUGCCCUUAGCCUGUAAUGAGCCCCACAAAGGCAAAUCUUGCCUCUCUGUUUACUCCAAAGCCAGGGAGUUUGCCUGCCUCUUGGCAAGAAAUAUGUAAGAGUAAGCCCUAUCAGAAAAACACAGUUAUUAACUACCUUCCCCUAACCUGAAUUAAAAACUUCUUUGAGGUGAGUUUAUUGUGCUGUCUUCUCUGAUGUCAUGCUUUUACUGGCUUCUUGUGUGAAAGACAGCCACACUGUAUCUCCAUAUUCAUAGGGAGAAGACAGAGUGAUAGGCACUAAAUAUCCACUAUGUGUAUCUGACAGUAGAAGACAGAGGAGGUUCCCUGUCCUCCAGGCAACCUGCAGCCUGCAAAAUCAAGUGUUUUAAAAGCCAGCAUUUUAAAUGGCCAAGUCAGUUUUUGCCUUUAGAGGUCCUACAGGACGUGUAGCUGCAGCAUAUGUAUUUGCAAGAUUUAGCGUUUAAUUUGUCUUUUAGAAACCUCAUAUUAUUUUCCUGCUGGUUCUAGUCUUGUCUAUAUUUCGCAGCUGUAUCUGUUAAGGUCAGAGCUAUCAAAUCUGGUUAGUCCCAGCCUUAUUUUAAGAGCAGGCAAGUCUCCUGCAACCCUCUACUUCAUUUUAAUGGGCCUCUAGGUGCACAAAGCACUACUGUGAAGGAGGCCAGCUAUUUAGGUCCCAAAAUAUGGAUUGGUACCUAAUUUAGUGUAUCCAGGGGUGAAAAUGUUGGCUGAGUAUUCUCUCUCCCUGGGACUCCUAUUCCGUGUAUUGCUUCUUGUAGUUGAGAUGGGAGCUGUCAUUCACUUUAUGCGAGUACAGAAGCCAAGUGGGUCAGUGCCUCCAGGUACUGCUGUAUUUUAUACAUCCAUCCCCACGGGUGAGUUACCAACCCUCUGUUGAAUCUUACUGUAGGUACUUUGCUGAAACAUUUUAGUGGGGCUCUGCUCAGGUUACCCUGGUCCUGAGGGCUGCUUGAGCCCUGCAUGAGUAAAAGUGAGCAAAGCAAGCUUCUCCUCUUCAACAGGUUCCUGUAAGGGAGAUCGAGGGAGUUGCCCCUUCUUGGAGACUUGAGCCAGAAGAGGCACAGUGGCGAAAGCAGCCAGAAGACAAACUGUACAGUUGACUCUGUGCAAGUUGUAAACUCCAUGGAGCAGGUGUUUGUACAGUGCAUAGCACAGCAGGACCCAGGUUUCAUCGAGGUGUCUGGACAUGCUCUUACCUCUACCUUACUUUAUUUGAAAAAGGAAAGCCAGUGAGAACCUGUGAACAAUCCAGCAGCUUCUGAAAAACCUUCAUGUUAAAGGAUAAUCCAGAAUUCCCUGAAGAAGAACAUAGUGAAUGUUAAUCCAGAGGAGCUGUUGGAGGAUCGUGCUCACAGGGAGAUGAUUCCUCAUGAAGUCACUGGAUCCCCUGCAGAAAUCAAAUGUGACUUUCCGUUUAUCAGACUGAAAUCAGAGCCAGCCAGACAGUGAAGCAAGCACAGUGGAGGGGGGACGGCGAAAGAUGAAAUCCAACCAAGAGCGGAGCAAUGAAUGCCUGCCACCUAAGAAGAGAGAAAUCCCUGCCACCAGCCUGCCUUCGGAGGUGAAGCCGGUCCUGCCAAAUGAAAACCACCGUGCAGAUAACCUGGCAUGGCUCCCCAGCACACCCAGUGGCCAGGGCGGCCUGGGGGGCCGGCACCGGCCCGGGGGCACCUCCUCGAUGGAGGCAGGCUUGCAGCAGGGUUUGCACAAGUCACUGUCUGCAGGGCUGGACUAUUCCCCACCGAGUGCGCCCAGGUCCGUUCCAACCUCUACCACUCUUCCCACGGUGUACUCGCCUGCCCUUUCCCAGUCAGGGACCCCCGUUUCCCCCGUGCAGUACACUCACCUGCAGCACACCUUCCAGUUUGUCGGGCCCCAGUACAGUGGAUCGUACACCGGAUUCAUCCCCUCACAGCUGAUUUCCCCAACAGCCAAUUCUGCGACGGGCGCCGUGGCGGCGGCCACAGCCGUUGCGACCACUCCAUCCCAGCGCUCCCAGCUGGAGGCUUAUUCCACUUUGCUGGCCAGCAUGAGCGGCUUAAGCCAGCAGGGGCACAAAGUUGAGCCGCACCUGGUCAGGACGCCUGGACUGAUUGCUGCUGGGUCUCCUCCACCCACCCAGCAGAACCAGUACGUGCACAUUUCCAGCUCUUCCCAGAGCACUGUCAGAAAUGUCUCUCCUCCAACCAUCCCAGUCCCCCUGCACCCACAUCAGACAGUGAUCCCGCACACCCUCACCCUCGGCCCUUCCUCCCAAGUGGUGGUGCAGUACACUGACUCGGGGGGCCACUUUGUCACCAGGGAUCCCCCCAAGAAACCUGAGAGCAGCCGGCUGCAGGCAAUGCAAGCCAAGGAGGUACUGAAUGGCGAGAUAGAGAAGAGCCGGAGGUACGGCAUUUCGCCUUCUGCUGACAUGGGUCUAGUCAAAGCAGGCAAUAAACCAACUCCCCAUCAUUACGAGACCAGGCAUGUGGUGGUCCACUCGAGCCCCGCUGAGUACGGCGUGCGGGAUUCCUCAGGUGUCCGAGCCUCUGUCAUGGUGGUCCCCAACAGCAGCACGCCCACGGCAGACAUGGAGGUGCAGCAGGCCGCCAACCGUGAGACCUCUCCUUCAGCCCUCAACGACAAGGGAAGUUUGCACUUAGGAAAGCCAACCCACCGGUCCUAUGCCUUGUCUCCGCAGCAGGCUCUGGGCCACGAGGGGGUGAAGGCGGUGGCCACGCUGUCCCCUCACACCGUCAUCCAGACCACCCACAGCGCCUCCGAGCAACUCCCCGUGGGGCUGCCGGCAACAGCGUUCUACACCGGGACCCAGCCACCGGUGAUCGGCUACCUGAGCGGCCAGCAGCAAGCCAUCGGCUACCCCAGCAGCCUGCCGCAGCACCUGGUGAUCCCGGGCACCCAGUCCCUGCUGAUCCCAGUUGGCAGCGCGGACGUGGAGCCGUCGGGAGUCGCACCUGCAAUCGUCACGUCGUCUCCUCAGUUUGCAGCAGUGCCUCACACGUUUGUCACCACCGCCGUCCCCAAGAGCGAGAACUUCAGCGCAGAGCCCCUCACCACCCAGCCUGCCUACCAGGCCACCAUGGUGCAGGCGCAGAUCCACCUGCCUGUGGUGCAGUCCAUUGCCUCCCCUGCCGCCGCGCCCCCCACGCUGCCCCCUUACUUCAUGAAGGGGUCGAUCAUCCAGCUGGCCAACGGGGAGCUGAAGAAAGUAGAGGACUUGAAAACGGAAGAUUUCAUACAGAGCGCGGAAAUUAGCAACGAACUGAAAAUAGACUCCAGCACUGUGGAGAGGAUCGAAGACAGCCAUAGCCCAGGCAUUGCCGUCAUACAGUUUGCAGUGGGGGAGCAUCGAGCACAGGUCAGCGUGGAAGUCUUGGUAGAAUACCCUUUUUUUGUAUUUGGACAAGGCUGGUCAUCCUGCUGCCCUGAAAGAACCAGCCAGCUCUUUGAUUUGCCAUGCUCCAAACUCUCGGUGGGGGACGUCUGCAUAUCGCUCACGCUCAAGAACCUGAAGAACGGCUCUAUUAAAAAGGGCCAGCCCAUGGACUCAGCUAGUAUCUUGCUGAAGCAUUCAAAGAAUGACAGUCUAGCUGGAAGUAGACACAGGUAUGCGGAGCAGGAAAACGGGAUUAAUCAGGGAAGCGCACAGAUGUUAGCUGAGAACGGUGAACUGAAGUUUCCGGACAAAAUAGGAUUGCCUGCAGCACCUUUGCUCACCAAAACAGAACCCAGCAAGCCCCCAGCAACGAGGAAGAGGAGGUGGUCAGCCCCUGAAACACGAAAACUAGAGAAAUCAGAAGAGGAGCCGCCUUUGACUCUUCCCAAGCCUUCUUUUAUUCCUCAGGAGGUUAAGAUUUGCAUUGAAGGUCGAUCCAACGUAGGAAAGUAAAGUCGUUUGGGGAAAGGAAAUUAGGCUAUCCCUUGUCAUUUUUAUCCAGAUUACUGUACUGUAGACUAAAUAACCCAGUAUUUACAUGUUAUCAUCUUACUUUAGGUUUAUGUUAUAACCUUGUUGUUAUAGUUGCAGCUGGUAUUAUGCAGGAGACUGGUGCAUAUGUUUUUCCACAAGUGUUUGUCAGUGACUAGGUUUAUCGAGAGCUACAGAAGGGGCAGUAUCUGCUUCACACACCCUUAGUGGAAAUGAAUGUGUUGUCAUGGCUCCUGUUUUCUAACACCUCGUGUAGGACAGGGUCCAGCUGUGAUUUUGUUUUCUUUUUGUCGUUGUUGUUUUUCUUUUUUUUUCUUUUUCUUUUUUUUUUUGUGUUUGUUUUGUUGUUUUGGUUCCUGUUCUAGUUUUUUUGGGAGGAGGUGAGGAGAAGGGAACUGUAGCAGAGGUGUGUGUCAAACAUGGGGUGCGUGUGUAUGUGUGUACGUGUGUGUGUGUGUGUGGGCAUGUGCCAGCCCCUGGGGCGGGACGGCCGCUCUCUGGCGGGUUGGUGAUGAGGUUCCUUCACCCCAGGUGGAUGCUGAGGACACAACCCUUGGGUGUGUUACUGAAAAGGAUCAGACAGUCUCUGAUGUUUUCAACAACAAGCCAACUCUUACUCAAGGCUCUACUAUAUAUAUAUAUAUAUAUAUAUAUUUGUGUGUGUGUAUAUGUAUAUAUAUAUUUUUCCCCCAUGGGGUCUGACUGCACUGAUUUUUAUUCCUAAAGCAAACUGCCACACCACAUUUCCUUUCUGCUUGCUAGUGCAGUUCCAUUGCCUGGAGUCAGCGGCGGCGAGGCUGCAGGGACUCUGGCGCCGGUCGCCCUGCAGGGAUUCCCUUGAGGGCGGGGGGUGGGUGCGUG